CCCCCUUUUUUUCAACUUCCGGUAGCCUCUGGUUGGGUCAGGGAGCGCUGCAAGUCACCCGUGUGCGACUGACGUAUUUUUUCUUUCCCGCCCAUGGGCCCGGGGUGGGCUGGGCUGCUGCAGGACAAGGGUGGCGGUAGCCCUUCCGUCGUCAUGUCCGACACAGACAGCGACGAAGAGUCGGCUGGUGGAGGCCCAUUUUCUCUAACUGGGUUCCUGUUCGGCAACAUCAAUGGAGCAGGGCAGUUGGAAGGCGAAAGCGUCUUGGAUGACGAGUGCAAGAAGCAUCUUGCGGGCUUGGGGGCUUUGGGUCUUGGCAGCCUGAUCACUGAACUCACAGCAAAUGAAGAAUUGUCCGGGAGUGAUGGUGCCCUGGUAAAUGAUGAAGGAUGGAUUAGGAGUAGAGAGGAUGCUGUGGACUAUUCUGACAUCAACGAGGUGGCAGAAGAUGAAAGUAGAAGAUACCAGCAGACAAUGGGAAGCUUGCAACCCCUUUGCCACACAGAUUAUGAUGAAGAUGACUAUGAUGCUGAUUGUGAAGAUAUUGAUUGCAAAUUGAUGCCUCCUCCACCUCCACCCCCAGGACCACUGAAGAAAGAGAAGGACCAAGAUGAUAUUACUGGUGGGUACCAGGUCCAAGUGUCUGAAGAUGGAGAAGGCAUCAUCUUGCCCUCCAUCAUUGCCCCUUCCUCUUUGGCCUCAGAGAAAGUGGACUUCAGUAGUUCCUCUGACUCAGAAUCUGAGAUGGGACCUCAGGACGCAGCACAGUCAGAAUCUAAGGAUGGACAGCUGACCCUACCAUUGGCUGGGAUUAUGCAGCAUGAUGCCACGAAGCUGUUGCCAAGUGUCACAGAACUUUUUCCAGAAUUUAGGCCUGGAAAGGUGUUACGCUUUUUACGGCUUUUUGGACCGGGGAAGAAUGUUCCAUCUGUUUGGAGGAGUGCUCGGAGAAAGAGGAAAAAGAAGCACCGUGAGCUUAUACAGGAAGGGCAGGUCCAGGAAGAGGAGUGCUCAGUGGAAUUAGAAGUCAACCAGAAAUCUCUGUGGAACUAUGACUAUGCUCCUCCUCCACUUCCAGACCAGUGUCUCUCUGAUGAUGAAAUCACAAUGAUGGCUCCUGUGGAGUCCAAGUUUUCCCAGUCAACUGGAGACACAGAUAAAGUAAUGGAUACCAAGCCAAGAGUGGCCGAAUGGCGUUAUGGACCUGCCCGGCUGUGGUAUGAUAUGCUAGGUGUUCCUGAAGAUGGCAGUGGCUUUGAUUAUGGCUUCAAAAUGAAGAAGACUGAACAUGAAUCUACAAUAAAAUGCAACAUAAUGAAGAAAUUAAGGAAACUUGAGGAAAACAGUGGCGUCGAUCUUCUGGCAGAUGAAAACUUCCUAAUGGUGACACAGCUGCAUUGGGAAGAUGAUAUCAUUUGGGAUGGGGAGGAUGUCAAACACAAAGGAACAAAACCUCAGCGUGCGAGUUUGGCAGGCUGGCUUCCUUCCAGUAUGACUAGGAAUGCCAUGGCCUACAAUGUGCAGCAAGGUUUUACAGCUACAUUGGAUGAUGAUAAACCUUGGUACUCCAUUUUCCCCAUUGAUAAUGAAGAUCUGGUAUAUGGACGUUGGGAGGACAAUAUCAUUUGGGAUGCUCAGAACAUGCCUAGAAUUUUGGAGCCUCCUGUUUUGACACUUGAUCCCAAUGAUGAGAACUUGAUUUUGGAGAUCCCUGAUGAGAAGGAAGAAGCUACUUCUAAUUCUCCUUCUAAGGAGAAUAAGAAAGAAUCAUCUCUGAAGAAGAGUCGAAUUCUCUUAGGAAAAACAGGAGUCAUCAAGGAAGAGCCACAGCAGAACAUGUCUCAGCCAGAAGUGAAAGAUCCAUGGAAUCUCUCCAAUGAUGAGUAUUACUAUCCCAAGCAACAGGGCCUUCGAGGUACUUUUGGAGGAAAUAUUAUCCAGCACUCAAUUCCAGCUGUAGAAUUACGGCAGCCCUUCUUUCCUACCCACAUGGGACCCAUCAAACUUCGGCAGUUCCAUCGCCCACCUCUAAAAAAGUACUCCUUUGGGGCACUAUCUCAGCCAGGUCCACACUCAGUUCAGCCUUUGCUGAAGCACAUCAAAAAGAAGGCAAAGAUGAGAGAACAAGAGAGGCAAGCCUCGGGUGGUGGAGAGAUGUUUUUUAUGCGCACACCUCAGGAUCUCACAGGCAAAGAUGGAGACCUUAUUCUUGCUGAAUACAGUGAGGAAAAUGGACCAUUAAUGAUGCAAGUUGGCAUGGCAACCAAGAUAAAAAACUACUAUAAGCGGAAACCUGGAAAAGAUCCUGGAGCCCCAGAUUGCAAAUACGGAGAAACUGUUUAUUGCCAUACAUCGCCUUUCCUGGGUUCUCUUCAUCCUGGCCAGUUACUGCAGGCAUUUGAGAACAACCUUUUUCGUGCUCCAAUUUAUCUUCAUAAGAUGCCAGAAUCUGACUUCCUGAUCAUUCGAACAAGGCAGGGUUACUUUAUUCGAGAAUUAGUGGAUAUUUUUGUUGUUGGCCAGCAGUGUCCCUUAUUUGAAGUUCCUGGUCCUAACUCCAAAAGGGCCAAUACACACAUCCGAGAUUUUCUUCAGGUUUUUAUUUACCGGCUCUUUUGGAAGAGUAAAGAUAGGCCACGGAGGAUACGGAUGGAAGAUAUAAAGAAAGCCUUUCCUUCACAUUCAGAAAGCAGCAUCCGGAAGAGGCUAAAGCUCUGUGCCGACUUCAAACGUACAGGGAUGGAUUCAAACUGGUGGGUGCUGAAGUCUGAUUUUCGUUUACCAACGGAAGAGGAGAUCCGAGCUAUGGUAUCCCCAGAACAGUGCUGUGCUUAUUAUAGCAUGAUAGCUGCUGAACAGAGACUAAAGGAUGCUGGCUAUGGAGAGAAGUCCUUUUUUGCUCCUGAGGAAGAAAAUGAAGAAGAUUUCCAGAUGAAGAUUGAUGAUGAAGUUCGUACUGCUCCUUGGAAUACUACAAGGGCUUUCAUUGCUGCCAUGAAGGGCAAAUGUCUCCUGGAGGUGACUGGAGUAGCAGAUCCUACAGGCUGUGGUGAAGGGUUCUCCUAUGUGAAGAUUCCAAACAAACCGACACAACAGAAGGAUGAUAAAGAGCCUCAGCCAGUGAAAAAGACAGUCACAGGAACAGAUGCAGACCUUCGUCGCCUGUCUCUGAAAAAUGCCAAGCAGCUUCUUCGUAAAUUUGGUGUGCCUGAGGAGGAGAUUAAAAAGUUGUCCCGCUGGGAAGUUAUUGAUGUGGUACGUACAAUGUCAACAGAACAGGCUCGCUCUGGAGAGGGGCCCAUGAGUAAAUUUGCUCGUGGAUCAAGGUUUUCAGUGGCUGAGCAUCAAGAACGUUACAAAGAGGAAUGUCAGCGCAUCUUUGACCUACAGAACAAGGUUUUGUCAUCAACAGAGGUCUUAUCAACUGACACAGACAGCAGCUCAGCUGAAGACAGUGACUUUGAAGAAAUGGGAAAGAAUAUUGAGAAUAUGCUGCAGAACAAGAAAACAAGUUCUCAGCUGUCUCGGGAGCGGGAGGAGCAGGAACGGAAGGAACUCCAGCGGAUGCUACUGGCAGCAGGCUCAGCAGCAGCAGGAAACAAUCACAGAGAUGAUGACACAGCUUCAGUGACCAGCCUUAACUCUUCUGCCACUGGCCGCUGUCUCAAGAUUUAUCGAACAUUUCGAGAUGAGGAGGGGAAGGAAUAUGUUCGUUGUGAGACAGUCCGAAAAGCAACUGUUAUUGAUGCUUAUGUACGCAUACGGACCACAAAAGAUGAAGAGUUCAUUCGAAAAUUUGCCCUUUUUGAUGAGCAACACCGAGAAGAGAUGAGAAAAGAACGGCGGAGGAUUCAAGAGCAAUUGAGGAGACUUAAACGGAACCAGGAAAAGGAAAAGCUAAAGGGGCCUCCUGAGAAAAAGCCCAAAAAAAUGAAGGAACGGCCUGACUUAAAAUUGAAAUGUGGAGCAUGUGGUGCCAUCGGGCACAUGAGGACAAAUAAAUUCUGCCCCCUUUAUUAUCAAACAAAUGCUCCACCUUCUAACCCUGUUGCUAUGACCGAGGAACAAGAGGAAGAGCUGGAAAAGACAGUCAUUCAUAAUGAUAAUGAAGAACUUAUCAAGGUUGAAGGGACCAAGAUCGUUUUGGGCAAACAGCUAAUUGAGAGUGCAGAUGAAGUUCGCAGAAAAUCUCUGGUCCUGAAGUUCCCUAAACAACAACUUCCCCCCAAGAAAAAACGACGGGUUGGAACCACUGUUCACUGUGACUAUUUGAAUAGACCUCAUAAAUCCAUCCACCGGCGCCGGACAGACCCGAUGGUGACACUGUCUUCUAUCUUGGAGUCUAUUAUCAAUGACAUGAGAGAUCUUCCAAAUACAUACCCUUUCCAUACUCCAGUUAAUGCAAAGGUUGUAAAGGAUUACUAUAAAAUCAUCACUCGACCAAUGGAUCUACAGACACUCCGUGAAAACGUGCGCAAACGCCUUUAUCCGUCUCGGGAAGAAUUCAGAGAACAUUUGGAGCUAAUUGUGAAAAACAGUGCAACUUAUAAUGGACCAAAGCACUCACUGACUCAGAUUUCUCAAUCCAUGCUGGAUCUCUGCGAUGAAAAACUCAAAGAGAAAGAGGAUAAGUUGGCACGUUUAGAGAAAGCUAUCAACCCCUUGCUUGACGAUGAUGAUCAAGUAGCCUUUUCUUUUAUUCUGGAUAACAUUGUCACUCAGAAAAUGAUGGCAGUUCCAGAUUCUUGGCCAUUUCAUCACCCAGUUAAUAAGAAAUUUGUUCCAGAUUAUUACAAAGUGAUUGUCAGUCCAAUGGAUUUGGAGACUAUACGUAAGAAUAUCUCCAAGCACAAAUACCAGAGUCGAGAGAGCUUUCUAGACGACGUAAACCUGAUUCUGGCCAACAGUGUUAAGUACAAUGGGCCUGAGAGUCAGUAUACUAAGACUGCUCAGGAGAUUGUGAACGUUUGUCACCAGACAUUAACUGAGUAUGAUGAACAUUUGACUCAACUUGAGAAAGAUAUUUGUACAGCUAAAGAAGCAGCUCUGGAGGAAGCAGAAUUAGAAAGUCUGGACCCAAUGACUCCAGGGCCAUAUACACCUCAGGCUAAGGUUACUGAGGGGCCAGGUAUAAAGAACCCUCAGAUACUUCUUCAAGGUCCAGAACCAGGAAAGGCUCUUGGAGUUGUAUGGGCAGAUUGGGUCAAGGGGGCUUGGGUGAGUGAUGUUGCCCAGGAAGGCCUUGUUUGCUAAUAGGCUCACAGUUUCCACAAGGUACUUUCUGGUAAGUUAAAGCUUGGAUACUAGCCAUCAUUCUCUAGCAGAACCUAACCACCAAUUAGUAUGUGCUUUUCUUGGGUCUUAGAUAGUCAUAAACCUAGACCAUUGGUGAAUCAGUGUUGUCCUUCCUGAGCAGUAGCUGCUUUGGUAUCCUUAGUGAGUUUCCUAUGGAGAAUAUGGUAUGGCUAGUGCUACUUCAUUCUUUUCAGUUCAUGCUCUCAUCUUUCCCUUCACUUAUAUGUAUAAAUUUUAAAUUAGCUAAAGUCAUUGCCUGUUAACUAAAGGAAUUUAGAUUCCAUGUGUGACCAUCCUUACUCACAAAUAUGUAAAAUCAAAACAUUAUUAGAAAGUAUCUGUAUUAGAUUAACCUGUCAUAAUACAGUUUUGAUUGUAUAGGAGCAUAGCAUUAAUCACGCCAUUUUCAACUUCCAGAUUGUGACAGUCAGUAGUGUAUUUGCAUCUGGAUACUUCUACUGAAACUUGCAUUGAGCUCAAUACUUUGGAAUUAUUCAUUUUACACUUUCUCACAUUCCUCUUUAUUUUUAUACUACAUUUUAAAUUUUGCAGAAAGUUUAUUUGUAUGGUAAUGUUUUGAACUCUAUUUUGGAAAAUCAAAUCUUCUCAGUCAAUCUUCUUUGCUUGCUUGUUUACGACACUUAUAUGGGUAGACAUUUGGGGUUUUUUGUUGUUGUUAUUGUUUUGUGUUGGUGUUUUUUUUUUAAAUAGCCCAGGCUGUGAUCUUCCUAAUUGAACUUUCUGGGUGCUGGGAGUAUAGGCUUUUGUCACUAAUCCUUGCUCAUAAGCAAGUUUUGUAUUAAUCAAAGUAAUACCAUGAUUGGGGAGAAUUAGAAGAUAGGGCUAGAGAGAUAGCUUAGCAGUUACGAGUGCUUGCUGUUCUUUUGGAGGACCUGACUUUGGUUGCUAGCACUCAUGUUCUGUGACUUGCUGUUUUAACUUUGGCUCCAGAGGUUCUGACACCUUCUGGCCUCUACAGACACUACACUCACAUGUACACACCCACACACUGACAUUCGCAUAUACAUAUAUUUUGUUGUUGUUUAUAUAUACAGGGUUUCUCUGUAUGGCCUUGGCUGUAGACCAGGCUGGCCUUGGACUCACAGAGAUCUGCCUGCCUCUGCUUCCUAAGUGCUGGGAUUAGAGGCAAGCACCACCAUUGCCCAGCCACAUAAUUUUUUAAAUGAAUAAAUAAAAUCUUUUUAAUCAUUGGAAGAUACAAAUAACAGGUGUGUUACUUAUCAAUUCCAUUUUUCAUAACAUCAACUACUGAGUAUUUUGAGUUUUCAUAUCUGUGAUAUGUCUAUUUAUGUCUGUAGAUAUACUUUAAAAGUGAAAUUGAUGAAUAUUAUUUUCCUUGUUAUGUUUAUUUCAUGAAUAUUUUAUCUAGUCUCUCUUAUUAUUAUUGACUAGACUCCAUUUAGUAAAUUUCUGCACUUUUCAGGGAUGAAAAGGAGCUAUCAUUUCUUGAGUACCAGGUAUUGAAUACACAAAGCUCUUAAUUCUCACAACAACCCUGUGACGUAGAUAUUAUCAUCCAUGUUUUACAGUUGAGGAAAACAGGGUGGUUAACAACGGUAGAACCAAGACUCAAUCCCAGGGCUGUUUACUCCAAAGCCCAUGCUUUUUAUUCUAACCAUGCCAUUUUGCUUUGAAGUAUCAUCCACAGACUUAUGAACUGUCAAACCAUCCCAUGCUCUUUUUGAAAUUAAUUCCUUUAUCCAGUUUCUGUUCAUGUCUCUUAAGUCAGUAAAACUAUAACUAAUAUGAAUCCCUGAGCUUAAAAACAGCAAGGCAAGACUUAGAAAAAUAAAGUAGUUUACUGACCAGAGAGGCUGUUAUGUUAAUACAUAAACUUGUCCCUAAGCUUUAUGCAUUUCUACUUUAGUUUUUAAACAUAUACAAUAGAUGCCAGUCUGCUAGAGUGAAUGCUAUUUAAAGGAUUCUAAAAAUUUGUGUAAAAAGCUGUACCGGGCUGUGGUUUCUCUUUAACUAGGUUGUUUUGCAUGUCCUUUUGUUAUAAAGGAGAAUUCUUUGUAUUUCUUCUAGCUGCUUCCCUUUAUAGAAGCUAAGUUGUGUAUUUUAUG